AUGGCCUCUGUUGAUUUCCCGGUGCAGUUCGCGGGCGAAAAAUACGAUUUGAAAAAAUUUCUAAAAGAUCACCCUGGAGGUGUUAAUACUUUAGAGAAAUAUAAAGGAAAGUCUAUAGUGCAGGCUAUGAAGAUGUACGGACAUAGUUACAGUGCCUAUCAUAUAUUGAGUGAUUUUAAAAUUGAGAGUGGUAGCGAAGCGAAUUUGACUGGUGGUGUUAGUGAAAAUGGUAGAAUUAUAACUAAGGCGGAAGCUGAUCGGGACGCCGAAGAAAUCGCCUUCUUGGAAGAAUUGGAGAGUAGACUCGACUGGUCAAAGCCUCUCCUCUCGCAGUUGCACAAGAUCGCACCAGAUUACCAGAAAUGGAUGAACAGCGCGGUUUACAGGAAGUGUAGGCUAUUCUCGAACCCCAUAUUGGAGAGUAUGACCUUCACACCGUGGUACUUCGUGCCCCUCUUCUGGAUACCGAUCAUCGUGUACCUGGGAGUUUCGCAGUACAUUGAACAUGUACUUUGUAAAGAGUAUUGCACAGAACAUAGUCUAACAAAACUUCAAUUUCUACAACACAUAGCGACCGGUUUGGUCAUAUGGACACUGUUGGAGUACUCUCUUCACAGAUGGGUAUUCCACUAUGAUCCCGGCUCAUCAAUUAAAUUAAUUCAAGCACACUUCUUAAUCCAUGGGAUGCACCAUAAGGUUCCAUUCGACGGAUUGAGACAAGUAUUUCCACCGAUACCUGCUUUGCUGAUAGCAAGCAUCAUUUACGUGCCUGUUCAUAUUUUGCUGUCUUAUCCACUGAUCAAGAUGACUGGAGGAUUAAUAGGUUAUUUAAUAUACGACAUGAUACACUACUACGUGCACCACGGCUCGCCGAACGACGGGACGUAUUUGUAUGAAAUGAAGCGGUAUCACUCUAACCAUCAUUUCAUCAACCACGAUAAAGCUUACGGCAUUAGCUGUAAAAUAUGGGACUAUGUAUUCAAAACCAUCGUGAAAGUAAAAAAGUUAGGAUUUGCUUUGCGCUGGUAGUGUGGAAUAUGGAUGUAUUGAAAUAAGUAAAUUAGUAUAUGGUUUAAAAACGAUAUUAGUGAUUUUAAUUGUGAUUUUAUCCGUGAACGUAUUUAAAAAAAAGUCAGAUAAAACUGAUUAUAUCAAAGUGAAUGUGUGCAAAUGUUCAAAAUUCCUAAAGCAAGAGAAAGAAAGAAGGACCACAGAAACAACACAACAAAAAGAAAAUUUGACAGUUGAGAGCACAGAUAAUAUUACAUCAAAAGAGAAACUAUCACUUGCUUUAGAUUUACAAAUUAAAUGGGGGACCAAAGUAUUGUAUUUUUAUACAUUUUUUUUCAGAAAAAAACUUUGUAAAAAAUUUCUGUUUCAUAAAAGUAAUUUCAAACUUAAUAUUUUAUAAAUAGAAGAUUAUGAAUAAAGACAAUUAAGAUAAGUUAUCGUUUAAGGUGAUAAGGAAAUUUUAUUGUAAAAGAAAUAUAUGAGUUACAAGAUUAAA